CUCCCGGUGCCGGAGCUCUGAUGGGCGUUAGGAAGAGACCUGCGGAGCCAGGCUUGCCGCCGGCGCAGGAUUCGGAAGACCUCUUCCAAGACUUGAGCCGCUUCCAGGAGACUUGGUUAACAGAAGCUCAGGUUCCAGACAGUGAUGAGCAAUUUGUGCCUGACUUUCAUUCAGAAAACUUAGCUUUUCACAGUCCUCCUGCUAAGAUUAAAAAGGAGCCCCAGAGUCCUUCCUCGGACCCCACACUGUCCUGCAACCAUAAGCAGCCAUUCCAGUACCACAAUGGCAAGCAGUGCCUUUACACCAGACAAGUUGAAAUCAAGUCUUCCAGCCCAGGAAUCCAGAUACAAUCACCUCUCCAACAGUUCUCUAGACAGAGCAGGAGCUUCCUGACCCCUGCAGGGUCACCUCACCCCACAUCCAGCUGUGGAUACCUCAAUGAAAACAGCUCUGCGUACCAGCCACCUCUGGAGAUGUGCUGUUCCUUCCCCUUCUCCCAGGGCAUGGGCCAGGAAGAUCCCAUCUCCUACCAGCACCAGAUGUCUGAACCCUGCCUCCAGUACCCUCAUCAGAGAUUCAAACAGGAGUACCACAACCCUCAGUACGAGCAAGCGAGCCAGGCGGGCAGCAGUCGGUACCCAAGAUCUGUGGUGAUAAAGCAGGAGCAAGUGGAUUGCAUGUAUGACUCAGAUGUUCCUGGCUGUCCUUCCAUGUACAUAAAUGCUGAGAGUUACCCAAACCAUUCAAAUCCAGAGGAUACAUUAGGCUGCAGGUAUGACAAGCAGAUGAGGCCUUUCACUGAUGAUGCCUGUGUUGUUCCAGAAAGAUUUGAAGGAGACAUCAAGCAGGAAGCAGGAGGAUACAGGGAAGGACCUCCCUAUCAGAGAAGGGGAUCUCUCCAGCUUUGGCGAUUCCUUGUAGCUUUAUUGGAUGAUCCAACCAACUCCCAUUUCAUUGCCUGGACUGGCAGAGGGAUGGAAUUCAAGCUCAUUGAGCCAGAAGAGGUGGCCAGGUUGUGGGGUAUUCAAAAGAACCGUCCAGCCAUGAACUAUGACAAGCUGAGCCGAUCCCUUCGCUACUACUAUGAGAAAGGUGUCAUGCAGAAGGUGGCUGGAGAGCGCUACGUGUACAAGUUUGUGUGUGAGCCUGAAGCCUUGUUCUCUUUGGCCUUCCCUGACAACCAAAGGCCAACCCUGAAGGCAGAGUUAGACUGGCAGAUUAGUGAGGAGGAUACAGUGCCUCUUUCUCAUCUGGAUGAGAAUGCCACUUACCUGCCUGACCUUGGAAACCUCCCUUCACAACUUUACAACAAAGGCUACACGUAUUAGCAUUGCUGGCAGCAUGCUCUGACACAUUUGCUUGUGUAUAUAAGGAGACAUCUGGUUCAUAUUCAAUCAGUAUAAGCAGUUUUGCAGACCAGUCUAAGGUGACACUAAACUCUGAAUCCCUGCUUUGGUGAGAAAAGGUGGUCAGAUACACGUGUGGAUAAUCACCUGACAGUUGACAGGGCUCUUGUGUGCUUUGUCAGGAUGGGACUCAGUAAUGCAGAUGUCUUUCAAGGAGCAGAGCUACAGCUUCAGUAGCACAUCAGGUAAUUGCUGCCUCCAGCCAGAACAUUAGUAUUGAGGAUGCUACAGUACUGCUGCUGACUUCAGUCCUUCAGGUGAGGUGACUCCUCACCUCUGCAUGGCCAGUCUGGCCUUCACUCUAGGAUGGCUGCAACACUGGUCACAGAUCAUACACCUCCCCUGUGAACUGCUUUGUGGGAACAGGGAAUGCCUGUUGUCUUGUAUGUGCAUGCUCCUGCCUUAUCCCCUCCUCACUCAUAACACUUCAUGCCAGGACUCACUGGUAGCUGGGAACCCCGAGCAGGGGGCUGGAGGCACUGCCAGGAUUAGAGCAGUACAUGGCACAACACAGUUUAGGGGGAACUACAGAGCUACCUGCUUCCAUUGCUGUGGGGCACAGUUCAAAGCCAACAUCCCCUUCAGGCAGAGACAUUGCAGGAGGCAGCAAGGUCUGAGUCACCAGUUCCUUGUAGUGUUGUGGCUUUUUCAAAAUGCACAACUUCUUCAACAAACAUCCAUUGGGUCUUUGAAGACUUUUCAGGCUCUUGAGUGUGCCCAUCCUAGGCUUGGCACCUGAGGCAAGAAAAGAACCUGAUGGAGAU